AUGGAGACCCAAAAGAGUUUUUCACUGAACUUUACACUGCCAUCGAAUACAACUUCCUCUCCAGUUGCCACGAGUGCCAAAGCCACAGACUGUGGUCCCUCUAUUGGACUAGCAGCUGGAAUCCCAUCCCUGCUGGCCACAGCCCUGCUGGUGGCUUUGCUGUUUACCUUGAUCCAGCGAAGAAGAACCAUCAAUGAGCCUGUCGAGGAGACUGAGAUACCAUGUGAAAUUUCAGAACUCUAUGACAAUCCCAAAAUAUCCGAGAAUCCUAGGCGCUCACCCACCCAUGAAAUGAACCCACGAGGCACCCAAGAAGGUCACAUAUAUGUGAAGACUGUCUCGGGAAGCGAGGAGCCCCUGCCGGACACCUACCGUCCUCCUGAAGAAAUAGAGAGAAGAAGAGGACUUUGGUGGCUCAUACCCAGACUGAGCCUAGAAUGA